AUGUUAUUUUCCAAAAUUUUAUUGGCCUUAGCCUUAAUUAUCUCAGUCGUUUAUGUUAACGCAGUUCCAGACAUUUGCGUACUCUCUUCUGAUUGCUCAAACACUCAAUAUUGUUCAGGAGGUUAUUGUGUUUCAUGUAGAUCUAAAAACGAUUGUGGAUUAAACGAGUUCUGUUCAUCAAAUAUUUUCGAUCUCAAUGAAUUUGGUUCCUGUAAAAAAUUCGAUAAGGAUGGUGAUGAUUGUAUUGCUUACAACAACGUCGAAGCUUCUAAUCUUUUAACCUCAAAUUCAACCAAAUGUGCAUACAUGUAUUUCAACUAUGCUUAUGCCAAUUACCCAGCUGGUCAAUUAAAUGUUGACUAUCAAGGUACUUGUGUCAAUGGUAAAUGUAGAAUUUGUAAUUAUGCUAACGGUGGUUCCUACACUGCUGAAGGUAAAGGUGCCCCAAGAACUUGUGUAUUCCCAGGUAAAUUCGCAACUGUCCACUCUUCAAGCUGGUCUGCUGGUAGAUACUAUGAAGAACCAAUCCAAGUUUGGUUAGCAAUUUUCUUCUGUUUAAUUGUUUUAAUUUUAGCUUUCCACGUCAUGGGUUUCUUAAAGAAAUAA